UGGCAACAGCAAGGACGGAUUCCGUGCUCGCGGGCGAAAACGAUGGCGCGGUGGUGUGGUGCAAACGGAUCUUACAGGUUUUUCACGUUACUUUUUGCACUACUACUGCAACUUAUAGAAUCUAAAGAUUUGUUUGACAUGGCUGAAAAUGAACUGACGAUUACAUUGCAAGCUGGCCGCGUAGAAUGCUUCCACCAACCAGCGAAGGAAGGCCAAGUGCUGGAAGUGGAGUAUCAGGUGUUGGACUCCAAUUUUGGCAACAUGGAUGUCAGUCGAGGGCUGGAAAUAAAUUUCUUUCUGAAGUCACCGACAGACCAAGAAUUAGUGGCCGACUACAGGCGCGCGGAUGCAGUGCACAGACACGAAGUCAAACAACCGGGUGACUACACAAUGUGCUUCGACAACAGCAUCUCGACUGUCUCAUCGAAGACAGUAUAUUUUGAAGUGUAUAUUGACUCGGAUAGUGAUGAGGAAAAGUGGGACCCUUCAAGCAUCGAGUUUUCGCCAGAGCUUGUUUACAAUGAGACCAUGAACGAAAUCAAGGCAACAAUAAAGAAAGUGCAAGACAACUUGAACCGUGUGGAACACUUCCAGGACCAGAAGAAAGCAUCGGAAACCCGGGACCGAAACCUUCAAGAGCACAACUUUACUCGCGUUAACAAUUUCUCCAUUCUUUUCAUUGUUGUAAUGCUAGCUGUUGGAGCAGUUCAGGUCGUGAUGAUUAGAAGCCUCUUCGAUGAACGAAGCAAACUUCACAAGAUUUUUAAACAGCUGUCUUGACACUGAUGCUUUUGGAUGAGUUUUGCCACCCUUUCCGUUUCUUGCAUAUGUACAUAUGACACUGGGGCAGCUGAUGACGUCUGUGACAUGAAAAUUGUGCCAUACUCAUUAUGGGCAUUAAGUAAACAGGUAAUCAUUGCAAAAUACCAAUACAAAAUAACGUGCUUGUUUCUUGUGCUUUCUAUGAAUGCUUGGUGUAGCGAAACAGUACCUCGCAAGUAUUACGUAUUAUAUGUAGUUGGCUUUCCUUUUCAAGUUCUCUGAAGUGGUUGCCUAUAUAUUAUGGAAGUUCUCUGAAAUCCUGGCAGCUCCUCCUCUAUGAAAUAAUGAUCUGGCGACAUUUUUUGAAUUGCCCCCGUUGAAGUUUUUCAUGCACUUGCGAGUGUGGAUCUCUUCUUUGUUGUGCCAUGUGGGGCAGUGAAUUUCUCCUAAAUGCCUUCUGCUUGUAUUUAUAAUGAGCUCUCUCUUCUUUUAUUUGACGAACGUGCCAAGGAAAAAUGCAACCCAAGUCCUAUAUGACAUGUUUAGACAGCAAGCUGUACAUGCGUUGAUUGAAACAUAGCUGAUCUUAUGCCAAAGACACUGAUGCCAGACAAAGGGGAAAUGCAUCAGAGCUAGUCAGUUUAGAGAGGCUGUUUCAUUGCGUGCCCGUGCUAUUAUUCCUUGAUUUGACAUUUCAAUUUUUCUUUGUCAGAUGGCAUUUAUUCUUGCACAGCACAUUGACUGUGAAAUAAAUAUUGCCUUUGUGUUAAUUGUA